AAUAGUGUUGGAUUACAAACCGUGUGGUUUACACGCUUACUUCAUUUUUAUAUAAAUAUUUUUUUCACAAUUUGUUUUCAUAACUUUAAUUUUAUAUGUUUUUUUCAACAACCUUUAUAAUAACCUCAUUUUUUUUUUAUUUUAGUUUAUACAUUUUUUUUUCACAAUUCGUUUUUAUAAUUUAAUUUUUACUUCGUUUUUACAUAUUUGUUUUAUGACAAUUUGAUUUACUUUAUUUUUAGAUGUUUUUUGAUAAUUCAUUUAAAAAAAAAAAGCGAUUGUUCAUUUGUAACCAAACCAAAAAUACCAUUAUAAUCUAAUUUUGCCACUCAAAAUGAACACAUAGUAUAUGCCGAAACUCAUAGUAUAUGCCGAAACUCACGCAAACGUUAUAUAGAUCUCCCCUCCUAGGCUCCUAAUUUCUUAAUUUCUAUCCUUAGCACACAUCGCCAGUUGACUUUUAUUGUUUUCUUGGAAACAUCUCGAUCUUGUAGUGUAUCUGUCUUCGCUUCGUCCCUUUAUUAAACUAUCCUGAAGUUGUCUUUUCCUUUUGUGCAAUCCCCGAAACGGGUUAGCUCCAAGGGGAAACGUAUUAUCGAAGAGAUGGGUACAAAUCGUUCUGAUGGUGCGGGGAAGGAACGAUUGAAAUGGACUCAAGAACUUCAUGAUCUGUUCGAAAAGGCAGUCAAUCAGCUUGGAGGCCCUGAUAGGGCAACACCAAAGGGUAUACUGAAGACAAUGGGAGUAACAGGACUUACAAUCUACCAUGUCAAAAGUCAUUUACAAAAGUACAGGAUGUCCAAAUUCAUCCCUGAAUCAUCCAAAGGAGAUAAAUUUGAGGGUAGAAACAUAUCAGAAAUUUUUCCGAACUUCAGCAAAACGUCGGGUCUCCAGCUAAACGAAGCAUUAGAAAUGCAAAUAGAAGUCCAAAGACGCUUGGACGAUCAACUUGAGGUUCAAAAGAGUCUGAAGGUGAAAAUUGAAGCACAAUCAAGAUUUUUAGAGAGAAUUGCACAAGAAUACAAAACAAGGCAAACCAUUUCCAAAUAUAGAAAACCAAUAUCAAUUAUAUCUCUUCCUUCCCUUUGUGACGAGUCUGAAUCCAUCAUCAAGGAUUUUGAUUCUGAUUCUGAAGUUGGCACAUGCCAUAUGAUUAGGUCUAGCCCAGAAUCUCCACCUAUAAAGAGGGCUAGGGUUGUGUUUAUCGAUGAUGAUGUAAUGUAUCCAGAGAUAUUUGACCUAAACUCCAAUAAUUACACUCAAAACGUACCCCAACUUCCAAAAGGCAACACAUUUCCAUGGAAUAUAGCCUUUUGCCACUCGCCUCUAAUUCCAUCUUCACAUAGUUCUUUUCAUUGAAACUUAUGUGCAUGUUGGAUCGUACUAUACUGGAAAUAAAAUAUAUAUGUUCAUCUUGGGACCUAAGAAUUGCUUGACUUAGCCAUCAUGAUGAGAAGUCAUGCUUAUGUACAUGAUACAUUAUCUAUAAUAAUAUGUGUUGG